GCGAAGCCGUCGUCGGCAAAAACGGCAAAUUCCUCAGCUGCGGAUGGGGUGGGGGAACGGCAAAUAACUGUAGCGCAGUCGUUCGAAUAUUCAGGCAGGAAGUAAUCAGGCAAAAUUUUGCAUUCCGCGGACGCGGAGAAGAAAAAUAAUUGGGGAUCGGAAGCAUCGCGGCGACGUUGCAGCGCAGGGAGAGAUCUAUCGAUGGAGGCGGCAGCUUACGGAGCAUGGCGGCUGGUGGUCUCGUUGGCGUUGCCGGUGGAGUUUGACCUAUUCUUCUUCUUCUUCCUCGUUCUCUUCUUUCUUGCAUUUGUUGUUACUUGUCCAAUCAGGAAGCACCUAUCUUUAAUUAAUUAUGUUGACAUAGAUUGAUACUAGAUACUAGUAGAAGAUAUUUCCAUCCAUAUAGGCGGUGUGUUGUUGUCAAAUUCAAUGAAUUAUGUGCUGCUGCUGCUGCUGCUGCUGAGGUCAGAGGGAGACAUAUGGGUGGAUGGAGCCAUGGAGGGCGAGAGGAGAGGAGCCAAGUCCACCAUCACCAACCCAACCCAACCCAAAUUUACUCCAACCUUUUCCACUACCUUUUCAAUACUCUGUCCUCACUGCUCGUGUCAUCCGCGGUGAAAUUAUUCAGGAUUUGAGAUUUUGGGAAGCUUCUGCUUUUGUUCUGGUAAGAGGAAAUCAGGAACCUGGCUCUAGCUGAGAAGAGGUCAAUCCUCCAGUUCGAUGGUAUACCCUGUCCUUCGUACUAAUCAAUCUACAUCUCCAUGGCUUAUGGCGUAUGAAUUCCCAUCUUAUAAUAUAAUAUACUAUCCUACACUCAGUUUGAUAACUUUCACACCCAACGCCCCCUAAUCCCCAUUAUAAUACUCGGUCUGAUUACUUUCUCUGCUUGACUAAUACUCAGUUUUUAUUACUCAAUUCCACCAUUUCUUCCUCCUCCGCCCUCUGUCCUUUCUACUACAUCUACCAUCGGCGGAUCAAUUCGAGUUAUCAGACCUUCUGCUGCCUGUUACCAGCUGGUUUUAUUGGUGGUGCUGAUUGGCAGUCGCUUCUCAGUUGCUCUUCAAAAGUAAAAAGGGAAUGGAUUAUGCUACCGGAGAGAAACUACAUUGGUGAACUCUCAGUAUCCACCAAACUGAGCAAAUUUUCUGUGUAAUAGCAUCAUGCUGCGGUAUCGACUCUUCUAUGUUUGCUCCAUUAUCUUGAUGUUCUACUUGGUGCAACCAACAGAAGCACAAAUAACUGCACCUUGGGAAGUUGAUGCUCUGAAAGCUAUCAGAGGCAGUCUGAUAGAUCCACAAGGAUACCUUAACAGCUGGAACCGUGGAGAUCCAUGCAUGAGAAAUUGGUCUCGUGUUCUCUGCUACAAUGCGACAGCAAGUGAUGGAUAUCUCCAUGUACUAGAACUGCAACUUCUACGAUUGAAUUUAUCUGGAACUUUAGCACCUGAGCUUGGUCAGCUUUCUCACAUGAAAAUAAUGGAUUUUAUGUGGAAUAACAUCAGUGGCAGCAUACCUAAGGAGGUUGGCAACAUCACAUCUCUGAAAUUACUUCUCUUAAAUGGAAACCAGCUCAGUGGUUCUCUACCAGAGGAGAUUGGCUUCCUUCCUAAUCUGGAUAGGAUUCAGAUCGAUCAGAACCAUAUAUCUGGACCCAUUCCUAAAUCAUUUGCUAACCUGAACAAAACUAAGCACUUUCAUAUGAACAACAAUUCAUUGAGUGGUCAAAUUCCACCAGAAUUGUCCAGAUUACCUUCACUUGUUCACUUAUUACUGGAUAACAAUAACUUGUCAGGCUAUCUUCCUUCAGAGUUAUCGAAGUUACCGAAACUGCUAAUCAUCCAGCUUGACAACAAUAAUUUCUCAGGAACCUCAAUUCCUCCAUCUUAUGGCAAUAUCACCACACUUCUGAAAUUGAGUUUGAGGAACUGCAGCUUGGAAGGACCUGUUCCUGAUGUCAGUGGAAUACCGCAACUUGGCUAUUUGGAUCUUAGUUGGAAUCAGUUGAGGGGUCCAAUACCAUCUGGCCAACCAGCAAGCAACAUAACCACAAUAGAUCUUUCCCACAAUCUUUUGAACGGAUCCAUUCCUGGAAGUUUCUCUGGCCUUCCCAAUCUACAAAGACUGUCAUUGGAUAACAACAACUUGGAUGGUUCUGUUCCAUCAGAUGUCUGGCGGAAUAUUGAUUUCAGUGGAAAUAGAAGUCUUAUAUUGGAUUUCCAGAACAAUUCUCUAACCAAUCUAUCAAAUCCUCUUGCACCCCCUGCCAAUGUUACUAUCCUGUUAUCUGGAAACCCCAUAUGCACAUCUCCAAAUCAACUGAACAUUACUCAAUACUGUCAAACAACAUCAGUUAUUGUGCCUGGAGGUUCUGAAAGUAACAGCACUGUUUGUCAGCCGUGCUCUACCGACCUUCCUUAUGAAAACGUACCGAUGUCACCAAUACCAUGUUUAUGUGCUAUUCCACUUUAUGUUGAUUACCGGCUGAAGAGUCCUGGAUUUUGGGAUUUUGUUCCAUAUGAAGGGCAGUUUCAACAGUACUUGUCAUCUGGACUUUCAUUGUCUUUGUACCAAUUAGAAGUUUCUAAUUUUAUGUGGGAAGAAGGCCCACGGCUGGCGAUGCACCUGAAACUGUUUCCAAACAGAACUGCCUUUUUUAAUAAGAGCGAGGUGUUAAGACUGAGAGGAAUGUUCACAGGCUGGCUGAUUGGAGACUCUGAUAUAUUUGGGCCCUAUGAGCUUCUCAACUUCAAUCCAGGGUGGUAUAAUGAAAUGCUUCCAGAUCGUACAAAGUCCAGCCUAAGUACAGGUGCCAUUGUUGGUAUUGUCGUGGCGACAUUUGCUGCUGCAGCAUUUCUUUCAUCCCUCAUUACUCUCGUUAUACUGAGAAGGCGUUCAAGAUAUUCUUCUUCAAAGAAACGCUCUGCAAAAAGAAUUCCAAUGAAGAUUGAUGGUGUAAAAGACUUCAGUUUUGAAGAACUAUCACAUGGUACAAACGACUUUAGUGACUCAGCACUAAUUGGUCAAGGAGGGUAUGGGAAAGUAUACAGAGGUAUACUCUCUGAUGGAGCAAUAGUAGCAAUAAAACGUGCACAGCAGGGAUCUCUUCAGGGUUCAAAGGAGUUCUUCACAGAGAUAGAAUUGCUUUCCAGGCUGCAUCACCGGAACCUUGUUUCAUUGCUUGGUUAUUGUGAUGAAGAGGACGAGCAGAUGCUGGUAUAUGAGUUUAUGCCGAAUGGUACUCUACGUGAUCAUCUUUCAGUUCGAUCAAAAGAGCCCCUAAAUUUUCCCAUGAGGUUACGAAUUGCACUGGGAUCCUCGCGUGGCAUCCUCUAUUUGCACACAGAAGCAGACCCUCCAAUAUUUCACCGUGACAUCAAAGCAAGCAAUAUUUUACUGGACUCAAAGUUUGUCGCAAAAGUUGCUGAUUUUGGUCUCUCACGGCUUGCUCCAGAGCCAGAAACAGAAGGGACUGCUCCAGGUCAUGUGUCCACUGUUGUAAAGGGUACCCCGGGUUAUCUUGAUCCGGAGUAUUUUCUUACUCAUAAGCUGACAGACAAAAGUGACGUGUACAGCCUUGGUGUUGUGUUUUUGGAAUUACUGACAGGGAUGCAGCCUAUUUCUCAUGGAAGAAAUAUUGUCAGAGAGGUUGUGGCGGCCAAUCAGUCUGGGAUGAUACUGUCGGUAGUUGACAACCGGAUGGGAUCGUACCCGGCAGAAAGCGUGGAGAAGUUUGCUGCACUAGCAUUGAGGUGUUGCCGAGACGAGACAGACGCAAGGCCGUCCAUGGUGGAGGUGAUGAGGGAGCUGGAGGCGAUAUGGGAAAUGACACCGGAGACGGGGAGCAUGGCGUCAUUAUCAGUGACGAUGGAGCCUAGCAACACAGCCACCCCAUCGUCGGGAUCGAGGAUGGCUUCGUCAUCUGCAAAUGAUCAUCAGUACAACAUGUCAUCAUCCGAUGUGUCCGGCAGUAACCUUCUCAGCGGUGUUGUGCCUAGCAUUAAUCCUCGCUGAACCGAUGUACGGUCAUGCAUUAUCGUUCGUAGCGUAUACGUAUGUUUGACAUGUACAUUUUGUGUGUUUUGAACUGAAGAUUGAUAUUACAUCUGCUCCGUGUGUUUAGAAAUUUAGGUGUUGUAUGAUGCUCUCUACUGGUAGUAUUCUUUGUUCCUGCCCCCCUUCACUUCUAGGAUUAUGUAUAUACAACUUGCCUAAUGCCUGCUGCAUACACACCUCGUUUUGAUAUAUUCUUCCGACUCAGGGUAAGAGAAGAUCGAUAUAUGAUGGUCAC